AUGCGGAAGGCCAAGCUCGGGAAGGCAGUGGAGACUGUGAAGCGGCUGCUCCAUGCAGAGAGAGUGCCGCAGUUUGCAGGCGACGUCCACCACCAGUAUGAGGACAAGUACCUGCUGGUAGAAAGGGCUACGUGCUUGGCAGCGGCAUCCCAGCUGAGCUGUCUUGGUGCUCUGGGCCUCACAGCUGAGCAUCUUCAGACGAUGCGACGCUGGGCGGCUGAAGGAUCUUCCGUGUCGCUGCGGUUCAAAUCCAAGGAAUCUUGCACCUUCACCAGAGAGGAGACGCGAGAGGAGGAGAACCCGAGGAAGCACGUGGAAGAGACGACCGUUGGCGGCGUAUUGCGGAGUACCAUAACCAGCAAGGUUGUCACGAAGAUCACCGAGUAUUUCUGGAAGUUUGAAGCCACCUACGCGUUGGAAGCUUUCUGUGGAGUCGGCGCAGACGCUGCCAGCCGGGUGGUCCUUGCGAGCCACACGGGAGUCGCAGAGCUGAAGACCACAACAAAGGCCCCCGCACCGUAUCCAGAAGCAAGAGUUCCCGCCAUCAACCAAGAGGUCAACAUCACCUGGCUGGUGAAGUGCCUGGUGAGCAAUGACCAGGUGGCCCCUGAAUUUCGAAUCAAUCGGACUGGCCCGGACUGCAAAACCCCGCGUCGAAAUCUGGAGACCAAUCUGGCCAUGGAUCACUUCAAUUCUUUCGCAUAUUGGACACAGUAUGUUGCUGACUACUUUCACCACCUACGAACCGUCCAGCCGCGAAAGCCUGAUGACAGCGUCUUCUCGCCGGAGUCGAUCUUUGUGCCAGUCCUUCCCCUUAUGUUCGAUGCUUGGAACAAGUCAUGUCUUCUGGCUGUGCUGCAGUCGAGCGAGCCGGCGCAAGGUCCGGUUCUAUCCAUCGGAGAUGGGAAUCGCUUCCUUGCAGAGGAGCUCAGAUGCCUCGAGGAGCAUCGAAGCAAUGCAGACCUUGCCUUUCCAGGAGAUGACGGACUUAUACGAGCAGUCGAAGUUCAUGCAGUGGCUAUAUUGCUUCAUUCUCGCGAUGUGUGUGAAACGUGGAAGAGAACUGUGGAUUACGUGGAAGGUAUGCUCCGACAACAGCUCGUGGCUGCGAUUGGCAAAGAGAUCGGCCCUGCCGAGUUUGCUGCAUACAUGCAGUUCCACUACCGGAAGCUCUUUCUGGACUGUUACCGGCCGAAACAGUUCUGCUUCUCAGUGAGGCGCUCCGAGAAUCAUUCGCCGGAAGGAACAGUAAGCAUAGAUGAGGAAGCCGUCGGCCUUAUAGACGGUGGCAGCAUACGGUCGCCUGUUGUCACUAUCUCACAGUGCAGCACCAAGCCGGUGACCAUGUCGUUUGACCUCAACGCCUCUACUACAGUGAACUUCUCCGGGAAUGUGCACCUGCAUGGAUGGCUAUCCCACAGCUUCUCGGGGCAGAGUGGCAGCAAGCUCUUCCUGACGUCCAGGGCCAGACAGUUCAGCUCGAUGGUCGUGUUGGUAGGCAGAGUUACUUCGGCGACCACCUUUGACCCAACCUAUGCGGCCAUCGUGCAGAACAAGGAUGAACUCACCAUACCGCUGGAGCUGUCAGUCAUUCCUACGCCGAAGGAGUUCAAGGAUGCAAUCGCCUCCCUAUCCCCGGAGCAGCAAGCGUUUGCAAAAGCUUUCCGAGCAAUGCAGCUUGAAAGCACCUUGUUUGGUGUUGCCGUGGUGCAGAUCAAGCCGCAACUUGAGAAGUUGUUGAACCUUGCGGAAGACAGCCUCACGAAGGAGAUCAAGCUCACCCAGGACCUCUUGAACCUUUUCCUCACGUACCAGAUUCCGAGUGACCUCCUCUCUUAUGAUGACAGCCCUGCACCUGGCACUUUCGCACCACCGGCACGGCCUGCGGAGCGUGUGGCCGCCGUGCGGGGCCACGUCAAGGCCAUGUUCGACAUGAUUGAUGAGGAGAAGAGGAGGGAAAUCGAGGAGCGACGCCGGGAGGAGGAGUACUUUCGUCAGGGGCUCGAUGCCUCCAUACCUCUGCCCUUUUUGUCGCUGUCUGGAUAUUGGCAGCCGAGCUUAUUAAGGUGUGCCUGUGCACUUGUGUUCACAAAAGGUUUCACGAAAGGGAUGGCCAUCUCAGGCCCGCACUUGCAGUUGCGCGCUGAGCGUGAGGAGGCACCUCGGAUCGUCUGGUAA